AUGUUUCGUCCGCAGAUUAGGCGGAAUGUGGAAGUCUAUGUAGAUGACAUGCUGGUGAAAAGUCAGGACGAAGGAAGACAUCUAGACGACCUGCAGGAGACAUUUGAGACAUUGAGGCAGUAUCACAUGAAGCUGAAUCCUAGCAAAUGUGCCUUUGGAGUAUCAUCAGGGAAAUUCUUUGGCUUUAUGGUAUCCCACAGGGGAAUUGAAGCGAAUCCAGAUAAAAUUCGAGCAAUAUUGGACAUGAAGCCACUGCAAAAUACCAAGGAAAUCCAAUCCCUCACUGGACGAGUCGCUGCGCUUAACAGUAAGAGAUGGAUCGUCCACGUGGAUGGUUCGUCUACACAGCAUGCAGGAGGAAUUGGUGUGGUCCUGCAGUCCCCAGAAGGAGAUAAACUGAAACAUAAAGUCCGUCUACAGUACCAAGCGACAAACAAUGAAGUUGAAUAUGAAGCCCUCCUUAAAGGGCUAGAAUUGGCAAAGUCCGUGGAAGCCAAGUCCAUAUGUGUCAUGAGGGAUUCCCAACUGAUCAUGGGGCAAGUGAAUGGGAUGUAUGAAGCGAAGGAAGAACGAAUGAAGAAAUACCUUGGUAGGGUGAUGCGCCUUGUGAAAAGGUUUGAAAAAGCUGACUUCGUUCAAAUCCCAAGGGAGGAGAACGUGGAAGCUGAUACUAUAGCAAAAGAGGCCUCAGCAGAUGAAUCAUUAGAGAAGUCAGAUGAAGUUCAAUAUAUGCCAAGUAUAGAUGUCCAGGAAGUACAGCAGGUGGAUAACAGAGAAGAUUGGAUGACUCCAAUUAUAUCAUACUUGAAAGACGGACGACUACCAGAAGAGAAGGACGAGGCCAAAAAGGUGAGGGUGAGAUCAGCUAGAUAUGUCCUUAUGAAUGAAGUGCUAUACAAGAGGGGUUUCUCUCAACCUUACCUUAGAUGCUUAGCUCCGGACGAAGCAAACUACGUGCUGAGAGAAGUUCAUGAAGGGUGCCAGCGAUUUAUCAACGUCCCCAGGCAACCAUCGAAAUACCUCACCCCAAUGGUGGCACCGUGGCCCUUCGCACAAUGGGGACUGGACAUUUUGGGUCCCUUCCCUUUGGGAAUAAGGCAGAUGAAGUUUCUAGUGGUGGGCAUCGAUUACUUCACCAAAUGGGUGGAGGCAGAACCAUUGGCAAAUAUCACACAACAGAAUGUGAAAAACUUCGUGUGGAAGAACAUUAACCAUUACUCCUCGCCUACACACCCCCAAGCCAACGACCAGGCUGAAGUUGCAAACCGAUCCUUGACCAUAGUGAGGACCUCUACAGGGGAGACUCCUUUCAAGCUAGCCUAUGGAAGUGAUGCAGUCAUACCUGCAGAAGUACAUAUGGCUAAUCACAGGGUGAUAAUGUAUCAAGACAAGGAUAAUGAGGAUCAGUUUCGUCUGAACCUCGAUCUAAUAGACGAGGUAAGGACAAACGCAGAACACAGGGCAGCAAAGUAUAAGAACCUCAUGGCUAGGCAGUAUGAUGCGAUGGUGAAGCCUAGGCGUUUCAACAUAGGAGAUCUCGUCUUGAGAAAGCAAGGAAAAACCACGUCCACACUCAUCCAACUCAUGGACGAGGCGGAGCCAACUGAAACAAUCCAAACUCUGGACGAGAGAAAAAGUUGGCAAAAUAAGUAA